GCAAUGGCGACGGCGGAAGCCACCGGAGGCAGCAGCAGCAGCGAGGGAGCGGCCGAGCUGACCCUUCUUGGUUUCUGGACGAGCCCGUUCGUGCUGCGGGCGCGGUUCGCGUUGAACCUCAAGGGCAUCCCCUACACGUACGUGGAGGAGGACCUGUUCGGCGACAACACCAAGAGCCAGCUCCUCCUCGCCUCCAACCCAGCCCACGGCGGGAAGGUUCCCGUGCUCAUCCAUCACGGCAAGCCCGUCGCCGAGUCGAUGGUCAUCCUGGAGUACAUCGACGAGGCGUUCCCGGACCAGCUCCCGCGCCUCCUCCCCUCCGGCGACCCGCACCGGCGCGCGGCCGCCCGGUUCUGGGCCGCCUACGUCGACCAGAAGCUGCUGCCGACGUGGAUCCCGCUCUACGGCGGCGCCACGGUGGAGGAGCGGGUGAAGGCGGCGGGGGAGGUGAUCGCCGUGCUGGAGACGUUCGAGGGGGUGCUCGGCGAGAAGGACGUGUUCUUCGGCGGCGAGAGCGUGGGGCUGGUGGACGUGGCGCUCGGCGGGUUCAUCGGCUGGCUGCGCGCGUCGGAGGCCAUGUGCGGCGUGAGCACGCUCGACCCGGCGAGGACGCCGCUGGUGGCGGCGUGGGCGGAGCGGUUCGGCGCGCUGGAGGGCGUUCGGGAGAUGGUGCCGGACGUGCCGGCGCUGGUGGAGUACAACCUCAUGAAGCGGGCUCGCCGCGGGCUGCCGUUCCUGCCGCCGCAUCAGACGCAGUAGAUUCAUCCAGUUCCGGCCUCCACGUACUAAAUGGAUGAUCGAUGAGACAUUCUCGAGUGCAUCAUACCAGAUUACUAGAUGAGUUCUCCUGUGUAGCGUCAGUGCGUCACUACUGUAUUCUUGGUUCCCUCAUCGGGAUUCCGGAACUGCGGUAGAUCAAAGUCUCGAUCA